AACUCUCGGAAGUGUCGUGGAAUUUUGAGGAAACUCACUGAGUCUGGUUCUUUCCAUUCCACGCGUCCUGCGCUCUGUGUAGGUUUCUUGAAGGCAAGUGCUGCUGGUUUGUAGGCACGAAAAGUAACAUCUGGUAACCAUGCGUAUUUUUCUGCAUGAUGACCGCCAUAUCAUGGCAAAACACUCUUCGGUUUACCCUACCCAAGAAGAAUUGGAGGAAGUGCAGAACAUAGUCUCGCAUACAGAGCGUGCUUUGAAAGCAGUUUCUGAUUGGUUGGAUGAGCAGGAAAAAGUAAAUCCAGCGAAUGAAAUUAAUGACACAAGUGGUGCAGGUGAUAAACAGGAAACUGAAGUCAUGGAAACUGCAGUUGAAGAAACCAAAGAAGAGCAAGUAGAUGGUGACGUCCAACCUACACAUGAAAAACAGCAACCAACCAGAACACUUCGGGGAGUUAUGCGUGUUGGGCUUGUAGCAAAGGGCCUCCUGUUGAAAGGAGACCUGGAUCUAGAACUGGUUCUCCUCUGCAAGGAUAAACCUACUAUUGGCCUUCUGAAGAAAGUUGCAGAUAAUCUUGCUGUGCAGUUCGCUUCCAUAGCUGAAGAAAAGUACCAAGUAACAGAGUGCAUUGGAGACGCUGCCAUUGUCAUCAAGAAUACUAAAGAACCGCCUUUAAAAUUAACCAUCCUUUUGACUUCCCCAGUUGUCAGAGAAGAGCUUGAAAAAGAAGCAGCUGGAGAAACGCUAUCAGUCAACGACCCCCCGGAUGUUCUGGACAGGCAGAAAUGCCUUGCUGCCUUGGCGUCACUCCGACACGCCAAGUGGUUCCAGGCUAGGGCUAAUGGACUCAAGUCGUGCGUCAUUGUCAUAAGAAUUAUGAGAGACCUCUGCACUAGAGUACCGACCUGGGAGCCUCUUAGAGGAUGGCCUCUUGAGUUAAUUUGUGAGAAAGCUAUUGGUACAGCCAACAGACCAAUGGGUGCAGGAGAAGCCUUUAGAAGGGUUCUGGAAUGCAUUGCUUCAGGAAUUCUUAUGCCAGAUGGCUCUGGAGUUUGUGAUCCCUGUGAAAAAGAAUCUGUGGAUGCAAUUUGCCAUCUAGACAAACAGCAGAGGGAGGACAUAACUCAGAGUGCUCAGCAUGCUUUACGCCUUUGUGCAUUUGGUUCAGUUUACAAAGUGCUAGCUAUGGAUCCUCUGCCCACCAAAAUACCCAAGAAACAGAAAAAUGAACAAGAUAUUGACUACAUUGUGCAGAUACCUCCCAGCACAACAUAUGCUGCCAACUCUGCUUCUACUACCACUGCUUCCACAGGUGUCACAUCAGUGAAACGUCCUAUAGAAGAAGAUAAUGAGGAGAAGUCUCCCAACAAGAAGAAGAAGAAGGCAGCAUCUAAAAAAGAUGACAAAAUGGAUGCUUCGCAGGCAAUGAAUGCUCUAAUGAGACUUAAUCAACUCUAUCCUGGGCUGCAGUAUAAACUUAUCAGCCAAGUUGGUCCAGUUCAUGCCCCAGAGUUUACAAUGGGGGUUGAAAUAGAUGGCAAAAGUUACGAAGCAACUGGACCUUCUAAAAAGCAAGCAAAACUUCAUGUGGCAGUAAAGGUAUUGGAAGAUAUGGGCUUACCAACAGGAGUGGAAAAUAAAGAUGAAGAGACUGAACCAGAGCCAAAGCCAGCAGCAGUUUCCAAACCAGCGCCCCCUCCUGUUGCAGAGCCUACAGAUACAGAGGCUGCAAAAUCGCAGGGUCCAAUCCUUACGAAACAUGGCAAGAAUCCUGUAAUGGAAUUGAAUGAAAAGAGACGAGGGCUGAAGUAUGAGCUGGUAUCUGAAAUUGGUGGCAGCCACGACAAGCGUUUUGUCAUGGAGGUUGAAAUUGAUGGCCAGAAAUUUACUGGAACAGGUUCAAAUAAGAAAAUAGCAAAGGCCUAUGCUGCCCUAGCAGCACUGGAGAAGCUCUACACGCAUGAUGAUUUGGCAGCUGCUGAGGCAAAAAAGAAGAAAAUGCCCCCAAUGAUGGGAAGAGGAGGGAAAUUUAUGCCAAAGCCAGGGUUCGGAAUGGGGCCCCCUAUGCACAAUGAAAUGCCCAGAGGCAGAGCGAGAGGUGGGAGAGGUCGCGUCAGAGGUCGAGGUGGAUUUGGAGGGAACGGCCUUGGAUACAUGAAUGCAGGUAGAGGCUAUGGAGGCUAUGGUUAUGGGCCGUCUGGAUCAGCUGGAUACAGUGACUCUCUCACAGACUGCUACGGCUAUCACGAUUUUGCAUCUUCCUAGAUCAUCUGUGAGCAUACAAUCUUCAUUUUACUCCGACUUUUCUUGAACUUCAAAUACCACAGUGAUCAAGCCUUGUUGCACCAGUGCUUCACUCGGUUUCUCAACAGUCCUUUGCAACGCUGACUUGAAAAUGGGGAGAAUGUUUUUAGUUUUGAAAACCAGUUUUGGUGGUUUUAAAAGUUAUUUCAGCAAGAGACUUGGAUCUCUGGGAAGACUUUCUUGUUUUACGAAGUUUGUCCAUUUAAACAGUGUACCAGUUCAUUACAAACUUAGAUGAGAUUGGUAAAAAUGUCUGGUUACUUUAAUUGAAAGUUUUUUAGUUUUCAUUUUAAUUUAUUUGAAAUUUGUAAAAAUGUCAGACUGGAUUUUCACCUUUAUAUGUUUUAAGAAGACUUGCUUCACUAGAGCAUUUUGAGCUGUAGAAUUCUAUUGAAUUUGAGGAUCACCACAAAGUGAAAUUCAUUGUAUAUGGGAUUUGCCACAUUCUGAUUAUGCCCUCAGCAGGUGAGCACCCCCAGAAUUGAGUAGUUUCCUACUUGUGCAGAAAAUAUCUGAAAAGCCUGGCAGUAAAGAUAACGGCCUGCACUCUUCAUGAUUUAAAGUAAAUCCUUGCUUUUUCAAAACCAUUUUCCCUUUUAAUAUCUCCCACAUGCUAAGAAUGCACACGUCUGGUUCUCAUCACUUUUUUUUAGUUUACUGUAUGUGUACUGGGGCAGUCUGUAUUCUCUUGCUGGCACCAAGUCUCUCUUACAAGCUGUAUGCUAUCAAGUCACAUGCAAUAAGGCCCUUUGUAGAGUAUUUUGUGCAGUGGGCAGUGAUAUCUGCUAGCUGCAAUUGUGGACUUUCUGGGGUUUGAGUCAACUGUUUUUAGUUUCUGUUCAGUAUCGCACUUCAGUCAUGCCCAACUGUUCAGGUGUUCAUCUCCUUGCUGGACACCCUAGUUUCCUCUUGCCACCUCCUUGCCUGUUUUAUAUCUUUGCCAGAUGCAGUUCUGCUCAAACCACCAUAAUCUGUUCUUUGACCUAGUCUGCAGUUAGAGGUACCUGGGCUUCUGUUCUUUCCCAAGUACCUACUUUCAAUCGCCUCCAGCUUCCCCAACUGCUCUGACUUCACUGCCCAGGUUUAUGCACAAUAAGUAGUGCUGUUGCACCACUGUUUUGAAUGAAUUUCUUUUUAUCUGACAUUUUUUCUGUUGUGCAUUACUCUUGACCCUUCAUGACAAUUGACUGCAGCCCUUUUUCUAGCUUUGACCUCAAGCUUCCCUUAACCACCCGCCUGUUUUAAGCUGUUAAACUUGUUUUGCUAUUUUCCCUUCUGUCAAUUUUCUUCUAGUUUCCUCAAUUUGCUGCCCUUUCAGUUUCAUCCCAUGUGCCUUUAGUUUUGUGUUCCAUUCUACUGUCCUCUUCAAUUUGCAUCUGCCUUCUGUGCCACAUCGUCUACAUACAGUAACUUUGUUCUGUUACCUUCAAAUGGUUUGCUAAUGUAGUCAACCAGUAUGAACAGUGGGUUUAGAGCAGAACUGGUGUAUACCCACUCCGACUGGGAGCCCCUCUUAGAGACUUUACAAUUUGUACUUGGAUGUAGCCUGCACCAUUUCUACCAAUACUUCUGGGACUUUAACCAUUGCUGAACUAUCCAAACCUGCUUUCUUGGUGCCUUCGGUUUCUCAAGUAUAGGAAUGUCCAUUUGGACAUGCUCCUAUUGUCUAGCUUCUGUAGUACCCAUCUCACAAAUGCACUUUGCUGCAUGCUAAUCUGAUUCUGAACUGCUAAUUUUUUCUAUUUCUGUUGCUAUAUAUAUAUUUCAGUUGUCAAGUUACCUGUCCAGCAUUUUCAUGCAGUGACAGUUUGCCACUGUUCAGUUAUGAAUGUUCCCAUUGUACGACUUCGGCACUAUUUGGUUUCAGAUGUUUUGUGCACUGGUAUGCUUAUUUUCUAGCAAUCUGGUGUGCACCUAACUCUCCAAACCUCUAUCUGCUGUUAAACCCAUCUGAGCUUGCAUAUUCCCUUUUUCCUUACUGCAGUUUGUUCUUUUGUGGGUGUGCUCCUCUCAUCGUAGGUUGUCUGCUUUUGUUAUGAGGGGGGUUUCAUUCAGAAGCUGCUGGAAGUACUUCCAUCGGGUUUUCAUCCCCUGUGGACUAAAGUUGCUGCUUUCCUUUAUGAAAGGUUUGAGACUGCCUUGCAGUCUGAUGGCUUUGUCACCCAUGUCAUUUUCCAGAAGCUGGUAGAGUGCAAAUGCUGUUACAAGUAUUCCUUUUAGCCUGUUCUGUUUUUUUUCCUGCACAGUGCGGUAGCAGUCUGCCCCCCCCCCCCCCCCCCCCCCAGAGUUCUUAUCUGAAGUUCCUGCAGUUAAUGGAGGGGGAGUUUUGAGCUUUACCACCUUCCUUAGCCUCAGAAUUUCUACCCAUACACAUGCUUAACUAAUGGACAUUGGAAUCUGACGGUGUAACCUCUUCACCCUGACCUCCAGUCUUCCCUACUGCUGGUCUUCUGUUUUGGUGGUUCACUUUACUUUAACCUUAUUGAAGACACUGAUCACUUCUUGAAGGCUUCACAUGAGCUCCUUGAACGUUACCCCGUUGCAGGUUUAGGAGGCUGUGUAGACCAUAGAUAAAUGUUCCUAAUCUAUAUGAAUCUCUUGGCCUUUCAAAAGCCCCAGUUCUCUGCAAGACACGGGCUACCUGUAUCAUUUCUACAGAGUUUCCAUGAGUAUUGAAUGUUAGUGUUGUGGGGUUACUUUAAUCUGGCAUAAAGCAGAACCAUGGGAAGAAUUCUAGGAGUCUUAGGAAUAUUUGUCCAAAAAAGUCAUACAGGCUGUUCCUUUAAAGCUAGUCUUGAGGAUAUACUUGUACAGACGUCCUGCUGUAUUCUGGGGAUGUUGGAGCUUUUGAGGUCAUAUUGGAUGUCCAUCUGUAGCAGUUUCUGUGAUGUAUUAAGAACUUUACUGCACCAGUGAUUUUCUGUGAAAAAAUGGGGUAUGGAGAAUACUCUUAAACUGUUGGUUUGAUUGCUACUGUAUAAAGGCACAGAAUUUCAUUCUGUGAAUGGGUUGCUUUUCUUUGGUCCAUUAUUGCAGUUGCUCUUUGGAUUACGAGUGGACAGUGGAAUUUGUUGAGUUCACUUGCCAUUUUUGUAUCAUUGAAUACUGCUGCAUGUUAUUUUAAGAUUUCAUUGCAUUCAAUAAACUUUUUUAUAUAAAA